AUGGCACCAGUGUGCAACCAUAGCCUCUCUCACGGACUUCAGCCACCAGUUCCUCAUACCGAAGCAACUUUCUUUCAUGAGCCUCUUCAAUCCCUUCUUCCCAUGCCACUAUCUGGUCUCAGACCAGACACAAUGACCUCCACUGGCAGUGUAGCAUCAACCAACACUUUCCACUUCCUUGAGUUUUCCGACCUGGUCUUCUGCCUUGUGACAGUCGCACCUUGCUUCAGGAGGGCUACCCUUCACAGGUCCAACGUGGGUAUGCUAGCAUUUCCUGUAGCUGCUGCCACGACCUCCAGAACAAGGUUAUGUCUGAAGGUGUACCAGUCAUUCUGUAGCGCCUUCGGACAGGCUGACAGCCCACCUCCGCUUGUUACUGGAUUUCAAUCCCACGAUGAAGAUCUGUCACAGGGAAGUUAUACCACCUCCCAAGACUUCACAACUUGCUCCCGCACUGUUGAUAUCUCUUUACCUGCGAUGGAAAACGCUUCAUGUAUGACAGAACCUCCCUUCAUAGAGAGUGACCUGCUUUCUUCGCUCCUCCUGCUCAACAUAUACAACCCUCCGCUAGUCUUCUCCCUAAACAACUGCUUCGGGAAGCGGAACGGACUUUCCUUGAAUGACUUCCUGGCUUUAGCAGCCUUCUGUCUCUUUUUUGGCAAGCCGUCCGCCGUGUGUUCGUAUGUAUACUAUUACAUUAUUAUAAAUGAUGUUGUUUGA